ACUGAUACGAGUCCCUUCGAGAUCACUUGAUGAUUCUUCCUUCUUUCUACACUCUUCCCUGAACCUCAACAGUCCCACUUCUCUUUCUCCUUCUAAUCGGAAUUUGAAGAAACUACGCCUCUUUUUUUUCUGCCCAAAAUCCCCAAAUUUUGGAUUUUCCUGACGACUUCAUCUGUUGGAUUCUGGGUUUUGACUUCGCCGGCAGUCAAUCCGACCGCGCGUUGGAGCUACUAAAGAACAGCUCUGCGAUCUCAUUUCCAGUGAUGCAUGAGGAUGAGACCAAAUCUUGGCAGACAGGAUAUUGAGGAGAUUCCAUAUUCUGGUUCUUCGAGGAUGGAGCUGAAGCGGAGUCAUCAGUGGCUGACAGAACCGUCCGCCUCAGAACUACUCAGUAAUAAGAAACAAAUGGUAGAGAUUGAUUGUGCCCGGGCUGGUUUCUCAACUCCGCAUAUGAAUUUGUCUGCAUGGGACAAUUCUCUUGUGCCUAGGCAGUUAACUCGUUGCUUAUUCGAUCCUGCUAAUGCGCAGCAUACAUCAGAUCUCCUUUCUAGAAAUAUUUGUCCUGUCAUCGAGGAGGGAACAAAAUACAUAGAGGAGCAAUGCAAUACUGUUUCAUCAAUUGAUUUUCCGGUGGUUCAUACCGUUCGUGGUAGCUCGUUCAAUCUUGACACCAUUACAAAGGUUAAAGGCAAUCAAGUGUGUGAAUCUGGCAACGUGCCCGAACUCAUGGCUCAGCUUUAUGGUGAGGGAAUUUCAAGAUCAUUCGAAACCGGUCUUUCAUAUGAUAGCAGUCAAGAUGGCACGCUAUCCUUUGGCCAAACCUGCAGUAAUAUUGACAAGAGCUUCAUCUUGCCAGGGCCAUUCGCUAGCAACACGGAUGGAAAUGCCAUUCGAAAUUUCAAUAAUGAAGGUGUUGGUGUUAUACCAAUGGGUGAUAUUUAUGACAAAGGAGAUGAAAAUGUCUUCUCAACGUUUCAUCCAUUUGAGAAAGGUGUAGAAAACUUUGUAUUGAUGGGUCAGUCUCUUCAAAAGGCGGAUUAUAAUAUCUUCUCAACGAGUCCCUCCUCUAACAAGGGACAGGAGAACUUCAUGUCCCUUCUCUCUUGUGACAAAGUACCUGAAAACUGUUUCAUGAUCGAAUCUUCCUAUCACAAAGAUAAUGCCAGUGUGCUGUCAGGGAGACAGUCUCCAUACUCGGAAGGCGGUGGGAUGGCAUUUAUGGUUUCUAGCCAAGACAGAGCAGACAGAAACAAUGAUCAAAUUAGUCACGAGGAUAGAAGCAAGACCAUAUCUUUUGGAGAGUAUCAGAAAGAACCCACAUUGGGGUCAUUGGUCCGUGUUAUCAACAGUUAUGAGAACUUCAGCCAUGCAUCUGCAACUGCUAAAGAUCCUCUUCAUAUGGAAGCAGAGGAAACCAUGUCUUUUGAAUUUGGUAAUACCCCCUAUGCUAGCCCUAGGGUUGAUACUUUGCUCGUGCCCAAAAGUAAAGAUUCAAAGACAGCUAAGAAGGGUUCUACAAACACAUUUCCUUCAAAUGUUAAGUCCUUGUUGUCAACAGGAAUGUUUGAUGGGGUUACUGUGAAGUACUAUUCGUGGUCACGUGAGAGAAAUCUCAAAGGAAUUAUAAAGGGGACUGGGUAUCUAUGUGGUUGCGGCGACUGCAAGCUUAAUAAAGUUCUUAAUGCGUAUGAAUUCGAGCAGCAUGCUAAUUGCAAGACAAAGCACCCAAAUAACCACAUAUACUUUGAGAAUGGAAAGACCAUUUAUGGCGUUGUUCAAGAGCUGAAGAAUACACCUCAGGAGAAGUUGUUCGAUGCUAUUCAAAAUGUAACGGGAUCUGAUAUCAACCAUAAAAAUUUCAACACAUGGAAAGCCUCGUAUCAUGUUGCCAGCCUUGAACUUCAACGUAUUUAUGGGAAGGAUGCUGUCACUUUGGCAUCUUGAGAAGACGGUUAUCAACUGGCAGGCUGUUUGUCGCAUGAACCGGAAGAAGAAGUAGAAAAAGAAAGAACCUCUCAAGGACGAGGGCGAAAGGAGUGAUGAGAGCUGAAGCAACGGCCAUUCGGUAAGCAACUAAGACGUGAGGGCUCAUUCCCUCGUUCAAAGCUAGUUUUGCUACUAUAGACAUCAAUGCAUACAAACACUGUAUGAAAACAAUGGCCAUGAAUGGCCUUGCUUUCCCAAGCUCCAUUUGCAGCUUCUCUGCAUACGAAAAAAAAAAUUUGUCUUGGUUAGAAAAGAGCUGUUUUUGGUUUGUUAUAAGGAAAAUAAAAGCUAUAUGUAUGCGUGUGUGUAUAUUAUAUAUAAAAAUAUGAAUUCUGUUUGAA